CAUUUUCUAUUUUCUAAUUUCAAAUUCAUCUCGAAUACAUUUUCAUCAUCAAUAUCCUGUCCAACGAUAUAAAUUUUUCCCUUUUUAGGAUGGCUAAUAAACGAACAAAUUCAGAGGCAUUUAGUAACCAAAAUGAAAAAAAACCUGAUAUUGAAGAAAUAUAUCAGAAAAAAAGUUCACUGGAACAUAUCUUGUUAUUUCCAAAAUUAUAUAUUGGAUCAGUUGAUUACCGAUGCACGUGGAUUCACGUAAAUGACCGUCCACGGUUACUGCGUCAUAUUGAAUAUGUGCCUGGUUUGUACAAAAUUUUCAAAGAAAUUCUUGCCAACGCUGCUCAUAAUAAAAUUCGUGAUCCAAAAAUGAACCUCAUUCGUAUCGAUAUCGAUAGUGCAAAUAAUGAAAUCAGUGUCUACAAUAAUGGCUGUGGCAUACCGGUUUAUAUACAUAAAGAUGAAAAUCUUUAUCUUCCAACAUUGCUUUUUGGUCAUCUUUUCACAUCCAAUUCUAAUCGUGAUCGUGCUGGUUUGGGUGCUAAAUUGUGUAAUAUCUUCAGCACAUUGUUCAAGAUUGAAACAUCAUCAAAGAAAUAUAAUAGUUUUUUUUCACAAGUAUGGAAAAAUAACAUGAAAACGGUGGAAGAAAUAAUUAUACGACCAGCGAAUGAUGAAGAUUUCACCCGUGUUACAUUUAAACCGGAUUUGGCAAAAUUUAAUAUGACACAUUUGGAUGAGGAUAUUGUCUAUAUGUUUAAAUGUCAUGCACAACGUGUGUCUAAGUCAUUGAAAGACUGUAAAGUUUCAUUUAAUGGUCAAGAUAUAGUGAAUGCUGAAUAAAUAAAAACAUAGAUAUUGAUGCAGAAACCUUAUGCCAGCAACACGUACAAAAGAAGAGUUACAUUAGCUUAUAUAGAAAAAAAGGAUAUAACAUAAUAAAAGACUAAUGAAAAAUCAGACAAUUU